AUGAAUGCAUCGCAGAGAGAAGAGGAAGACUGGAUCUACCUCAACCAUUGUAUAGAAGACCGAGAUGUGGGAGCUAUCAAACAGUGGUUCGAACCCGGGAACCAUCGGGACAGGACGAAACUUCAGUUGUUUACAAACGUGCGUAACCCCGUUUCUCUUGCUGCUGUGGGUGGGGACGAAGAAAUAUUUGAUCUUCUGGUGAGCCAAGGAUUCGACCCCCUCACUCCUGAUCUGUUGGACGGGGUGUGGCAAAGGAAACCAAUACACCUCGCGGUCUCGUCGGGUCAUGGUAACCUAGCAACGAAGCUUUUGACAGACUAUGGGGUAAAUGUUGAAAGCCGUGACGAAACGGGACGGACGCCGUUACACUGGGCAGCAAUAACGGGACAAGUGGAGUUGACGAGGAAGCUGUUGGCGUUCGGGGCGUGUGUCAACGCAGCUGAAGGCGACAGCUCAACACCUCUGCAUUACGCAGCUGAAGCAGGUAAUGGAGGCGUCUGUAAAAUACUCAUGUCUAACAGCGCUGAUGUCAAUCUCAAGGACAAUAAGGGGUUAUCUCCCUUGCAUUAUGCUGUGCGGUCGCAACCUCCCUCUGUCCACGUUCCGUCCAGUGCGGUGGCAAACCACGAAAGUCUGUGCUGA